AUUUCCUUUCAUUUUAUACACGAGAUUUGGAAAAGUUUACAUUCUUUGGAAGAUUUUCAUGGUAAAGAAUUAACAAAUGGCUCUGAGAAACUUUCUUAAAUUUCGUUUGCCUUUACUGCAACAUAGACAAUUGAAUCAAUCCAUCUCAUUUAUUCCUGUGAGAGCUUCAAGUUUCAACGCUUCGGAGGAGUUUAAAGAUUAUGAUAAUCAUCCUGAUGUGGUUGUGACAAAAAACCCUCCAGAAUGGAAAUAUGUGGAACGUCUUUUAGGCUAUCAAGUAAUACCAAAACCUACUGUUAAAUCUGAAUAUCCAUCGGGUUGGACUGCGCCAAAUCCUGAGCUGUAUAAAGAUCUUCCAUAUUUCAUCGAGCGAACCAAAAAUUAUAUGUUGCCAGUAUAUCUUCAUAUAACUUUUCGAGGACAGAGACGAACCACAUUGAUAAAGAACAUUGAAGGAGACAUUUGGCAACUUGAGCAGGAAUUGAACAAAGUUAUAUCGAAACGCGUUCAAAAACGUAUUUUUUCGAGAAUUAAUGAAAUGUCUCGACAGAUAGUUUUCAAAGGAGAUUAUGUUACACUCAUUCAAAAAUAUUUAGCUGAUCGUGGAUUGUAAACUUUUCAAUUAAAACAAUAAAAUGAAGCCAGUUUAGAUUAAAAC